GACGACAACAUAUAAAUCACGCCGAUCUUCAUUUUCGACACGCUGCUCUCUCCUCCUCCUCCUCGAGUCUCUUGCUAGCAGCAAUGUCAAAGGCUCGAGUCUACGCAGACGUCAACGUUCACCGCCCCAGAGACUACUGGGAUUACGAGUCUCUAACAGUCCAAUGGGGUGAUCAGGAUGAUUAUGAGGUUGUCCGGAAAGUUGGAAGGGGAAAAUACAGUGAGGUCUUUGAAGGUAUAAAUGUUACAAACAAUGAAAGAUGUGUCAUCAAGAUCCUUAAGCCUGUCAAAAAGAAGAAGAUUAAAAGGGAGAUAAAGAUACUACAGAACCUUUGCGGGGGCCCUAACAUUGUGAAACUGCUUGAUAUUGUUCGAGAUCAGCACUCAAAAACUCCUAGUUUGAUUUUUGAAUUUGUGAACAGUACAGAUUUUAAAGUUUUGUACCCCACACUGACAGAUUACGACAUACGCUACUACAUCUAUGAGCUUCUCAAGGCGUUAGAUUAUUGCCAUUCACAAGGUAUUAUGCACAGAGAUGUGAAACCUCACAAUGUUAUGAUUGACCAUGAGCUACGGAAACUUCGCUUGAUAGAUUGGGGUCUUGCUGAAUUCUACCAUCCUGGUAAAGAAUACAAUGUCCGUGUUGCGUCAAGGUACUUUAAGGGGCCUGAACUCCUUGUGGACUUGCAAGAUUAUGACUAUUCCUUGGACAUGUGGAGCUUGGGUUGUAUGUUUGCAGGAAUGAUUUUUCGCAAGGAACCAUUCUUUUAUGGUCAUGAUAACCAUGACCAGCUUGUCAAGAUUGCUAAGGUUCUCGGAACAGAUGAGUUAAAUGCAUACUUGAACAAAUAUCACUUAGAGCUUGACCCACAACUUGAUGCUCUUGUUGGAAGGCACAGCAGGAAGCCGUGGUCAAGAUUCAUUAACCCUGAUAAUCAGCAUCUAAUUUCCCCUGAGGCCAUUGAUUUCCUUGACAAGCUUCUUCGUUAUGAUCAUCAAGAUAGAGUUACAGCGAAAGAAGCAAUGGCUCAUCCAUACUUCCAACAAGUGAGGGCUGCCGAAAACAGCAGGAUAAGGACACAGUGAUCCUGGUCCCUAUUACCGCGUCUAUCCAUGGAAGUGAACAUACUAUGCUGUUUUGAUGUGUGUUUGUUAUGGAAGAUAUUGUCUGCAUUUUAGUAUUUGCCUAGGUGUAGGCAGUUGGUUGGGCUAAAAUUCCUUGAACGAUGCCAUGGUUCAACUCCUGCAUCUGUUACAGAGAUUGUAUAUUCUGGUAGUGAGAAUUUGAACUAUGAUGGAAUUGUAGGUAGCAUCUUAACUACAAAGAUCAAUCUUUUGUGGUAAAGAAUGCAGUAAGAGGCAACGUUGUGUGUUUUUCUUCAGCUGUGCCUAUGCUAGACAUGUUACUGUCUGUCUCCUGUCAGCAUCUCAAAGUAUCCUUCUUGCCAAGGACAUUAGUAGAUUUGAGGAAACAGAUUUCUUUA